GCUGCACCCCCUAUUCCGAUUCUGUGCUCUGUAUUCUGAUUCUUUGGCUUGAGUAUAUAAUUGUGAGCCAAAUAUUCUGUGCCCUCCUUCUUUCAUUCUUUCUUUCUCGGUCUGCAGAAGUGAUAGCAACAAGUCAUGGCCACUGCAGGAAAGGUGAUUAAAUGUCGGGCUGCUGUAGCCUGGGAACCCAAUACUCCAAUGGUGAUAGAGGAGAUUGAAGUAGCUCCACCCCAAAAGAAUGAAUUACGUAUCAAGGUGAUCGCUACAGGUGUUUGUCACACCGAUUUGUACCAUCUGUUUGAGGGCAAGCAUAAGGAAGGAUUUCCUGCUGUGCUUGGCCAUGAAGGGGCUGGUGUGGUGGAAAGUGUUGGACCUGGAGUCACAGAGUUUAAACCAGGUGAUAAGGUCAUUCCCCUCUUCAUCUCUCAGUGUAGAGAGUGCAAGUUCUGUAAGAGCCCAAAGACUAACCUCUGUGAGCAGAGCUGGACUAGUGACCGAUAUGCUCAGAUGUCAGAUACUAUCACACGCUUCACCUGUCGUGGUAAGCCUGUCCUGCAGUUCAUGGGCACCAGCACCUUUUCCGAGUACACGGUCAUGAACCAGAUUGCCGUGACAAAGAUCCACGAUGAUGCCCCAUUGGACCGCGUUUGCCUGCUUGGCUGUGGUAUUUCCACUGGCUACGGAGCAGCAGUCAACACCGCCAAGGUUGAGCCAGGCUCAGUGUGUGCAGUGUUCGGGCUCGGAGCUGUAGGCCUUGCAGCAGUCAUGGGAUGUAAGAAUGCUGGAGCCUCCAGGAUCAUUGCUGUGGACAUAAAUGAGCAGAAGUUUGAAAAAGCGAAGGUAUUUGGUGCCACUGACUUUGUAAACCCCAAAGCACACAGAAAGCCUGUCAGUGAGGUUCUGGCAGAAAUGACCAAUGGGGGUGUGGAUUUCUCCCUGGAGUGUGUGGGUAACGUGGCUGUUAUGAGGAGUGCACUGGAGGCAUGUACUAAAGGUUGGGGUGUGAGUGUACUUGUUGGCUGGACAGACGUUAGUGAUUUUUCUGCUCGACCAAUUCAACUAAUUGCUGGAAAGACCUGGAAAGGAUCGCUCUUUGGAGGCUUUAAGAGUAAGGACGCUAUUCCAAACCUAGUCCUAGACUACAUGGCUGGUCGAAUAAAGCUGGACGAGUUUGUAACCCAUACUAUGAAUCUCGAGCAGGUCAACGAUGCCAUUGAGCUCAUGAAGAAGGGGGAAUGCAUUCGAACCAUCCUGAAUGUGUCUAAAUGAGAAAGGCACAGCUACUUCAGAUCGUUAGUCAUUACUGCUUCUGCAUAUAUUUUAUCAUUUAAUAAGCUUGCUAAUAUGAAUUCUUUUUUUUUUUUUAAUUGGUUAAAUAUUAUAUAACCCUGCAAUACUCAAAAGGUUUUGGCUGAAAUACUCACAUUACUCAAUUAGCGUAUUUAACCUGCAUGCUGUUAUAAGCUUAUAAACCACAUACUGGAAUUAGAUUAUCUAAAAGAGUUCAGAUAUUAUACAAUCAAAUAAAAAGCUAUGGGGUGGAAGCCAUUAUGUAAAAUAGUUGCAUGUGGUAAUAAAAAUGCAAAUUCAA